AUGGAUCAUAUACCACUUCCACAGGCGCCAAAUUCCGACCACCUCGAAGUUCCGCUGUACGAAUAUGACUUUUACCCAUACAUCUACCGUGGGCCUUGGGACUCAUACCCGGAGCGAUGUGGAUAUGAUUAUUCAGAAUUUUACGGCAUGGACCCCGAGACCUUUCCAAAGAGCUUGAGAGGUCCUAUAGCUGCUUUUGUGCAAUCCUGGCUCUUCUUCGGCGUAUUGGACGAGUUUCUAGGUGUUCCUUGUCCUGUCCAGGAUUGGACUGCUGUGUCCAAGGACGGACGAGCCAUCAUUACUACUGCCCAUCUAUUUUCCAAACUCGAGGAAUGGCACCGUCGAAUAGCGUCUCGUGACGAAGCAGAGCAAACACAGGCCCGCAAUCGGAUUGACCACCUUCUGGACCGAAUGCACUACUUCCACCGCAUGCUGAUGCACUCCUUCGAAGAUUACAAUACCUAUUCAAAUCUCCUUCCUGAGCCUCUGAAUCUUUCCCUAGACGUGUUACAUGCUACCUUCACAAUUGCGCGCAAUGAAGUCUUUCCUCAAGGUAGUCUAUCCUUCCCACAUUAUCUUCAUUCGAAUGUGAUCAAACACAAGCUCUUACAAAAUGGCUGGUGCCUGAGCGACAUACACCGUGUCUAUCAAGACGCUUCGGUUCUCGGUAGAUACUAUGUCUCGCGGCUGGGCCCUUUGAACAACAGUACAAGCCACCCGCAUUGUACGGAAGACGCCUGUCAUAGCUGUCAAGUCGAUCAACAGGCCUACCAGACCAAGCACGUUUCAGCUGGGUGCGACUGUGACAUGAUAUGUGUCUCGACAAACGCGGUUGCAGAGAUACUCCAACAGGGAUCCAUCCCCACUAUCAGAUUGAACAACAGAAUGAACGCCAUCAACAUCGAGCAAGCAGACUCAUGCUCGCCACCCGAUUUUACGGCUAUUUCUCACGUGUGGAGUGACGGUCUGGGAAAUCUACAUUCCAACGGUCUACCGACUUGCCAGCUCCAGAGAAUCCAGGACCAAGUCAAUGAUCUCGGGCCCUCGAAGCAGGCAGAUUCUCCGGCCUCGACGAAUCGCAAUUUCUGGAUAGACACAUUAUGUGUCCCUACUGGAAGCGAGUUUGAGGCCGAGCGCAACCUAGCGAUCGCAAAGAUGGUAAAGGUCUAUCGUCUUGCCAAAGAUGUCCUGAUCCUCAGUCGGGAACUUGACGAGAUUGAUUCUGAUCGGGACCCCUGGGAAUUAUCUGCCAGAAUUAACCGGACAGCGUGGUUCAGGCGCCUGUGGACGUUGCAUGAGGGAAUCUUGUCUCAAAAGUCGAUUUUUCAGCUCCGCGAUGGUCCUGUCGAGCUUUCUUCUCUUGCAGCCCGUAUUAAUAAGACCCGCGAUUGUGACUCAAAGAUCUAUCAGGCAUUACUUCGCUCCAUCUUCCAAGAGACUUGCAUGCCGUUCACAAAGAUGGAAAAAUUCAAGUCAAUGACAACCCAUGAUCGCAUCCAAGCCAUAUGGUCGGCUGUCCAGUGGCGGACAACCAGUUACCUAGUGGAUGAAACAAUAUGCUUGGCCAACAUGCUUGAUCUGGACCUGUCUACGAUCCUUGCGAUCGACCGCCAUGACCCUGAGGCAAGUGAAAAGCGCAUGAAGGCUUUCAUCCUAUUGCAGAGAUACUUCCCGCAAGAUUCCGUCUUUGAGUCGUCCCACAGACGCGAUGUGACCAGUGUCUCAAACCUGACAGCGCGAGGAUUCACAUGGGCCCCGAAAUCGUUCGUGUUCCGCUCCACCAGUGUUGAUCCAGCGACAACUCCGUUGCCCCUGGUGGAGGCUGACUCGGCUGGAAUUCAUCUUUCGCUCCCCAGCUUCAACCCGACGGUCUCAUGGGCCGAGUUCAUGGAGCAUAUCGCAAUAACCAAAAGUGAGGGCGCUGGCGAUUCGGCGCGUAUAACUUUCAUGCUCCCUUUUGACUGGGACUACUACUAUACUAUUAGUUGGCUGCCGGAGGAUACGAAAUGGGAGAUCAACGACACGUUUCUGGGAAACACCAUCCCAGCAGUUGCCCUGCGUUAUGACAUUAUUUCCGUCACGAAGGAAAACCAGGAACGUGUGCGCACAAGCCCGGCGCAACGGAUGUUCGUGCUUGACUCUCUCAGAGAAGGAAUCACAAACUCCUACGAUCUCGAUCGUUUCGAUUGGCCUAGCUCUGAGGGGCUUAUACUGGCAGUGUCUGCCCGGAAUCCAAUAGCCCAGGAAAGGAUGAAUGAAGGCGAGCCCGAGUACCGUGCAAGCAUAGUCGCACGGGUGAAUGUCUCCAAGAUGAUGUUCUCGACGUACCGCAGACCCGCAUCUGACCAGGUGAAAAUUGCCCGCACCUCUGCCGACACGGGUAGGUCCAUCCCUAUAUUUGGAGUCUGGCCGGCCCAAACUCAAUGGUGCAUUGGAUGA